GCGCAAAUUCGUGCACAACCGCCUGAGUGGCCUGAACCUGAGCGCCAUCGAGAAGGAAGAGCCGUGGUCAAAGAGCAAAUGGUCACACACGGACAUCCCCAGGCUGAAAGCGGGCUUACUCGGAGCCCAGUUCUGGUCGGCGUACGUACCUUGCAAGGCCCAGCACCUGGACGCCGUACAGGUCACACUCGAGCAGAUCGACGUCAUCAAAAGACUGGUGGAGUACAACUCCAAAUACUUCGCACUAGUAAGGACUUCUCAGGAAAUCCGCAGUGUCCACAAGGAAGGCCGUAUCGCCUCUCUGAUUGGAGUGGAAGGAGGGCAUGCUCUGGGAAAUUCUUUGGCCGUCUUGAGAACAUUCUACAAUUUGGGUGCCAGAUACCUGACGAUAACUCAUUCGUGUGACACCCCAUGGGCAACAGGGCAAGACUCAAAGACGGACGAUGGUCUGUCAGACUUUGGUCGCAGCGUGGUCAAAGAGAUGAACCGUCUGGGAAUGAUCGUGGACCUGUCCCACACCUCAGUCAUCACUGCCAAACAAGCGCUUAAUGCAUCAAGCGCACCUGUGAUCUUUUCCCAUUCCAGCGCUUAUUCGCUUUGUAAUACUUCAAGAAACGUUCCUGAUGACGUUCUACGUUUGAUCGCCCACAACGGCGGCGUCAUCAUGGUGAACUUCUACACAUACCACGUGACCUGCAAUAAGACUGCCACCAUCCAGGAUGUCAUCAAACACAUCAACCAC